GAAACAGCUCCACUGAUAAGAGACUCCUGCUCUUCUUAAACCCCCCUGGGGCGGACGUGCGACCAGAGCUACGCUGCUGGACCUGCGCAUCCACUUGUUGAGUUCACAACGGUUCAACCAGAGCGGCUCUAUUUAAAGAGGCAACAACAUGGCACGCGGGCUUGUCAGACGAGAGUCAGUGGAAACGGAGAUGCACAAAUCCGAAGACAAGGGGAAGACGUUCGUUUACACCAAGAGGAAGGGCUACGAUGUCACCAGAAACCCCCACCUCAACAAGGAAAUGGCUUUUUCCCUGGAGGAGCGUCUCCAGCUGGGGAUCCACGGCCUGGUGCCGCCCUGCUUCGUCAGCCAGGAAGUCCAGCUGCUCAGAGUCCUCAAAAACUACGACAUGAAAAGGGACGACCUGGACAGGUACGUGUUCCUGAUCGGGCUCAUGGACCGGAACGAGAAGCUCUUCUACCGACUCAUAACAUCGGAUGUGGAGAGGUUCAUGCCCAUUAUUUACACUCCCACUGUGGGUCUGGCCUGCCAGCAGUAUGGCCUCAUCUUUAGAAGACCAAGGGGGCUUUUCAUCACUGUUCACGACCGAGGGCACAUUGCUUCAAUUCUCCAGAACUGGCCAGAAAAGGACAUAAAGGCUGUUUGUGUGACGGAUGGAGAGAGGAUCCUAGGACUGGGAGAUCUGGGUUGCCAUGGCAUGGGCAUCCCAGUGGGGAAGCUGGCCCUCUACACGGCCUGUGGGGGAAUGCCUCCCCAGCAGUGCCUGCCCGUCAUGCUGGAUGUCGGCACAGACAACGAGGCACUACUGAAGGACCCCCUCUACAUCGGGCUGAGGCAUAAGAGAGUCCGAGGCCAGGCCUACGAUGACCUGAUUGAUGAAUUUAUGAAAGCUGUUUCGGACAGGUAUGGCAUGGACUGUCUGAUUCAGUUUGAGGACUUUGCAAACAUCAACGCUUUUCGACUGCUGAGCAAGUACCGCAACAAAUACUGCACAUUCAACGACGACAUCCAAGGCACAGCAGCUGUAGCAGUAGCGGGACUCCUCGCCGCCCUCCGCAUCACCAAAAGCAAAAUGAGCAACCACACCAUUUUGUUCCAAGGGGCAGGAGAGGCAGCGAUGGGAAUUGCCGAGCUCAUCUCCAUGGCUAUGGAGAAGGAGGGACUCGGCAAAGAAGAAAGCUUGAAAAAAAUCUGGAUGGUUGACUCAAAGGGACUCAUCGUCAAGGGCCGGGACAACCUGACCCAUGAGAAGGUGCGAUUCGCCCACGAGCAUCCUCCGAUGAGAAACCUGGAGGAUGUGGUCAGGGACCUGAAACCCACAGCUAUCAUUGGUGUUGCCGCUGUUGCCGGAGCUUUCUCUGAGCGGAUCAUCAGGGACAUGGCUUCCUUCAAUGAACGACCAAUCAUCUUCGCCCUCAGCAAUCCAACAAGCAAAGCCGAGUGUACUGCUGAGCAAUGCUACACAUUCACAGAGGGGCGUGGCAUCUUCGCCAGCGGCAGUCCGUUUGACGCCGUCACCCUGCCUGAUGGGAGGACAUUCUAUCCCGGUCAGGGCAACAACGCCUACAUCUUCCCGGGCGUGGGCCGGGGCGUCACCGCGUGUGCCUUUCGACAUAUCACUGAGGAUGUCUUCCUGACUGCUGCAGAGGUGCUUGCUGACCAGGUGACUGACAAGGAUCUCGCCGAGGGAAGACUCUAUCCUCCUCUCAGCUCCAUCAGGGAGGUUUCUCUUAAACUGGCUGCUAAGAUCAUGGAUUACGCCUACCACCACAAAAUGGCCACUCUUCGCCCCGAGCCGUCCGACAAAGAAGCGCACAUUCGCUCGAUCUGCUAUAGCACCGACUACGACGACUUCGCUAUUGACUCGUACCAGUGGCCAGAGGACUGCAUAGCUGUGCAGUCGUGCAAACUUUGAUGUUCUGAACACAGAAACCAAAACACAAUAACAAAUAAAAGCCCUUAAAAGGGAUUAUUACCACUGACGUGCAAUGUUAUCCAAGGAUCGAGAGUUGGGGUGUAAAAGAUGUAUGUAGAUAUGGUAAGCCGUUUUAACAUGAAUUCGGUUUUACAUUCCAGAUAUCUCAAAUUCUUUUAUGACUAGACGUUUUUGGUGAUUUAAGAUAUCUCUAAUUAUAUUUUGACUGGACAAAAUAGCUAUUUGAGAUCUCUAAUUACAUUCUGACCAGUCAAAAUGACGUCAGAUUUUUGACUUGUAUGGAGACUUCAGUUUAAGAUAUCUGCAAUGAAUUGCUGACUAUCUGAAAUACACAUUUCAGAUAGUCGGCAAUUACAUCAUGACUAGUCAAAAAGUAAAUUCAAGAUGUCUCAAUUUUAAAUUUGACUAGUCACAAUUCUAAUCAAAGAUAUCUCUGAGUCCAUAAUUCAAGAUUUCUUAAAUGUAUUUUGGAUAGGAGAAAUGUAGUUUUGACUAGUGAAAAUUAAAUUAUAGAUAUCUUAAAAGCAAAUAAUGACUAGAAAAAACUAAAUUAAAGAUAUCUUGAAUUGUAAUUGUGACUGGUCAAAAUUACAAUUCAACCUUUCAGUGACGAAUCGGUGAUGUCAUUUGAGAUAUCUUGAAAGAAAUUUUGACUCGUCAAAAUUUCUUUCAAGAUAUCUCGAAUCAUUAUUCUUACUAGUCAGAAUGUAAAUACAGAUAUCUUAAAUUACCAUUCUGGAUGGUCAAAAUGCAUUUUUAGAUAUCUAGAAUGUAAUUACAGUCAGACGAUACCGAAUUUAUGUUAAAACGGCUUGCCAUAGUUUUGCAUAGCCUUCCUUUUGAUUAUAUUAAUGUACUUUAAAUUAACCAAAGACAACUUGAGCAUUAUUGGUUUGCACUAUAAAAUAUUACACCAGUUGCUGUCACCCCUUUGUUUUACGUAGAGGGGGGUGUUAUUUUAUGGUUUAGCUUUUUAAUUGUACUGUAAUAGUGAUUUUGUGACUCUGUGGUCUAAAAUCCAGACACUUUGCCAAAUAAAAUUUAAAAAAAGUUUUUGAUUAAA